UUAAAAGGAGUAAUUUCUGCUCUGAAUCAUUAUAAAUAACAAAUUGAAAUCUCUGUUUCAAGAGUAUGGAAAUGUUAUAAAAAGAAAGGUGUGUUACAAAGAGCACAGGUUUCAUUUCAAAAUUUAAAAAAAACAGCGCCGAGGACACAUGGAAAUGAUGCAGCUUAGGGCAACUAUUUUACUUUUAGUCGGUUUAUCGGAAUAUACACGUGCUUCAUCAUGUAACGGACAGGCACGUGAGCUCAUAGACAUCGGGAGAAGAGGACCUUCGUACGUUAUUACAUCGUCUUCGGAGCCUGCGAUAUCAGAUUCUACAUUGCCAGCAGGAUGGUACAUUGCUACGGACAAUGCUCAAGUCUACACACUGGUUAAUGAAACAGCACCUAAGUAUGCAUAUUGUGGAACGGAUAAUCCGAUAUAUGUCAUAGACAUGCCUGUAAAGCUGCAAGAAGGAAAAGAGGAGCCGCUCAUCGCAUGCCUAGUUGACUUUGACAGCAGUUGUAAAUAUCGUUAUAAUAUCAAAGUUCGUAAAUGUGGACGAGAAAUUCAGUAUUAUCUAAUUCCAACUGAUGGGACAAGCGCAUACUGUUUCGAGCCAUCUUCUAUAUCACUUGUUGAACCUGCACCUAAUUACACAAUUCCUGGCAACAUUCAAGUAAGCGUGGCACUGAUGUACAGACACGCGGAGCUGAGUUUAGAACCGGAACUUGACUUUAAAUGUAAUUUUGGAAGGGCAAGCAAUCUAUAUUAUUAUAGAGUGAGCUGGGUUAUUAACGGGCGAGUUAACAAGGAAUUUGUACCAGUGAAGAUAGAUAAGGCAGAUAGUACAAACAUUAAUGAGACAAUUCUUCGCAGUUUGGGGUUCAAUUUUGGAUUUUCUCUCCAAUGUGCAGUUAGAGUAGCAAGUACAACUACCGGAAAUCAAACAGUCCCACAAAUGAGCGAUACUUUCUACGCUGGUAUAAAGGUUCUUACGCCUCAAAUAAAAUUGUCCAGUGGAUCACGAGGUCGUAUUUCACUACAACCAACGAUCCCUCUUGGAUGUCGACGUGCAGAUGCUUUCCCAAGUGAUCGCCAGGAACCGUGUGCCAUUGAUAUUGAAAUGUUUGAUCCGAAUUCAAAGUACCAGUGUAAGGAUACCAUUGUGACAGCCCUCGAUAACCAGAAAUUAUGCGGCAGUACACUGACUGGGUGGCGGAAUACAAGUACUCAUGUUUGUAUACAUCAACACAAUGUUAACUACUGCAGCUACAAUAGAAUUAAACAAAGAUUACCAACCUUCUCGAUGGAUAUAACAGUGUCAAAUGAUCGACUUCAGUAUCCCAAAGACAAAACAUUUACCGUACAGUUGAAAACUGCAGAUAUCGGUCCACACCAAUUUUGGGAAAACGCCACUGUGGACCAUGUAACGGUAAUUUACACAGGUGGGAGUGAAAAUCUUGAAUGGAGAAACAACAAAUGUUCUCUUAUAAAUGACCCUAUCUUAAAUACAUUUGAUAGAGGGUUCCGGUAUUAUAUUAAAUCAUUUGCACAUUUUUUACUGUACAAAGACAAAACAUAUCAUACAGAAGUCCAAAUAGAAUCUCGUACAUGUGAUGCAGAUAGAUCAGCGUCAUGUACAUGUGCGGUUGCAAUUCAAGCGGGCGGCGAUGUGUUCGUAAUCAAUAUAUGUAACAAAGUUAAACGAGCAUCAUUCGUCCAUUGCCGGGGAAAUGUGCUUAACGUUAGAGAGAUAAAUAGCAACACUUAUGAGAUAUACCUUCCAACUGGUACAAAGAUUCAAAUACAUAUGAAGCGUUGGAGCAGGUCAAAUUUUCUUAACGUUAAUAUAUAUCCAUCUCCCUCUGAUGUCAGGAAUACUGAAGGGUUGUGUGGAAAUCUUAACGGGAUACCAGACGAAAUCGUUAACAGUGCAUAUGUUAGAAAAUGGCAGUUACAAGACAGUUUGAUAAACAAAGUGCCCCCAAAUCUUCCACCAACUUGGACGUACGAUCAUAACGUUUGCUUAUGUCCAAAUGAAACAUCGUCAGCAACACAGAAUGGUCAGAAAGAUUCUAGAGCAAUUUGCUUCUCUCAGCAGUAUGCUACAUGUACAGAAAACAUUCAACUUACAGGAGAAAAGAAAUCUUGCACAAUAAUAAAUAAGAGAUCUAUUGAAAGACAUCGAAGAAAUAUUGAGAGGUUGCUUGCCCUGUCAUUAUUAAGUGAGAAUUCAAAAAGCCGUGUUCGCAAGAGUACUACGAACUCACAUCUCACUGAAGAACAAGCAUACAGGGAGUGUCUGGAUGUAUUCAAAUCAAAACCUACAUACAACAUGAUAAGUGAUUUACCUAACAUAGCAUUGAAUGACUCGUUAUCAGCAUGUGUCAAUGAUAUGAUGGUUGACGGUCAAGAUUUCUGGAAAGAGGAAAGUUACAACAAUUGGGUCAGUGUUGUUACUCAAGAAAUAGGCCGAAACGGAACAUUCAGAAAAGAGAAAUCCGAGGUGGUCGGUAAAUUCAAAAGUGUUACUUGUCCAUCGCAAUGUAACGGUAAUGGGAACUGCAUAAAUGGAACAUGUGUAUGUAAAGACGAUUACGUUGGCGAUUCUUGUUUUGUAAAUAAAUCCGCGCCUUUAGAACUUACCGAUAUAGAAGGUGGAGGUGAAUGCGAUCUUGCUGACGGAGAUGAUUGUCAUGAUUGUCUUCAGUUUCACACCGAGAACCUCUUGAAAGGGUUCAAGUGCAGGAUUGAAACAGUUGAUCUUGAUGUUAACGGAACUGUUACCUACUCUGAAAAACACGAUCAUAGUGGAGAAUAUGAGAGCGUGUUCGAUGGAUACUGUUGUCCCUCGGCUGUAGAGAAAAGGAGAAAGAAAAGAGAUGUCAAAUCUAAUACGUUUACUGUUAGAUACUCUGUAUCUAUUAGCAACGAUGGAAUACACUACGGGCCAAGUAGAACUGUUCAUGUCUUUGAUUCGACAUGUCAAUCAUACGUCGUGAUGCCAACGGGCGACUUGCUAUUUAGUUUGAAGGCAGGAACAUGCUAUAUAAAAGGUCAGUGUUACAGGGACGGCGACCGAAGUCUAAUGAGUCCAUUUUUUAUAUGCUGCCCAUUUGUUACCAGCUACCAGUGGACAAAUCGGCAAGAUUGUAUACCACCAACCAGCAAUCAGGAAAAAGGCGGUGAAAGUAGCAAGUUUGAACUUGUAGCAGUGUCUGUAUCAGUGUCAGGGAUAUUGAUUGUUGCCUGUGUAGUGGUAUUUGCCAUUUGGACCUACAAAACUAAAAAACGGACUGUGUCUACAACAGGUGAGAAACCUCCAAAGUAUCCUGAUUAUACCGAGUUGGACUUCAGCAACCAACCUUACAAUAAGAAAUUCCAAAGCGGGGGAAAAGCAACAUUUCAACCUGGACAUAUAGACGUUUUCACUACCGAUUAUAGUCAGCAAAGAAAAUAUGACACUAAUACGAGGAAAUACGAACAGAACACAGAAUAGGGAAUUUAACGUAUAAUGCAUUCUUUAUCCUACCGUGAACUGAACUGCUAUAAUGAUGGUGUUAAUCAUUUCAUAUGAGUUAUAACUAAUCCUUACUUUAUAAAAUAAGGGUAUAUUAAGUCUCUAAUUAAAAGAAUAUAUGAAGCUCUAUUUUUGUUUAUUACUUCGUAAAACGCUUUAUUUAAAGAUCAUUUUUGUAUUUUCCAUGUUUCUAAAAGCAUAUCUUUGAUUUAAGUGACACUUUUGAAUUCGUAGAGAUAUUCUUUAGUAAACUAUACGUUAUGAUAUGUGUGUGAUACAGCACUGUAGCAUCGUUAUGUCUCUCUAUCUACCUUUCCUUCUCUUAAUAAUUGGCGUUUUUAUUUAACCAUAUUUUAUUACUCUUUUUGUUUUCAUAACAGUAUAUUUUCAUAAUAUUUAUUCAUUAGGUUAUAUGAGUUAUCUGCCCAGUCAUGAUUCAUAAAAAGUUUAGAAACUGAAACAAAAUUUAAAUUAUUAGUAAAAUCAGCAAGUUUUAGCUAUGAAGAAAAAUAUAGAGACAAAAAAAGAUUACACAUUAGUUAUAUUAUAUGUUUACCUUUAACGUUUUAAUCAUCUUUUUUUUAAAUAUUAUAUAUGACUUAUUUUCUGCGUGUCUUUCUAUAUAUGUCAAUCAAGGCUAUACAUUGCUUA